AUGCUCACAGGUCGGGGUUUCGAGUGUUUCAUGCUUCUGGCCGCCCGCACGAAAGCAGUCACGGGGCUCCGCUUGAGUUGGGAGGGGUGGGAAAGUGACAGAGAGAUUGAUUGGUAUGCCAUUUGCGCCGAUUCUGGAGCCGGUGUGCUAAAAGCACUGGAGGUUCAUGUCUCGGAUCACAAGGUGUUGUCUUGUGAUUUCAAGUUUAAGGACCGGAACACUAAGGUGGGGUAUCUGACCAGAGGGCCCAGCUGGGUCCUGCCUCAGGGACUCAACAGAGAUCAAUGGAAAAAGUUGCUGCAGGACAAUUGGGCUCGUCUUCCGUCUGCUGCUCAAUUCCUUGAACGCCUGCUCUCCUCUGACUUGCAGGGAACAGUGGAAGACGAUUGGAACCAGUUUCUUCAGGUCUUGGACGACCUGCAUAGAGAGGCUUUUUGGGAACUUAGUCAGACCUCAGAAGAUUCUCGCAUCAGCUGUGAUGCUGCAGCUCGAUGUCGGAACACUGUCGUCAAGGGUCACCCUCCGGCUCGGAAAGAGCGCAACACCAAGCGCUGUAACGCUAAGGUCAAUGAAACUGAUAUGAAGCUGGUUAAGUGUCGAAAGCGGGUCGCCAGGAUUUAUGAAUUGAUCCGUCUCACUAAGGAACAAGUUUCAGGCUCUGAGUUAUCUGCAGGGUCUCAGCAUGUUGCGGCAAGAGCCAACUUGGUUCGACGUCUCAGGCUGGAAUCUCAGCCGCCUCUUCGUGAACAGUUGUCUCUGCUCCGUAGGGCUAAGGCGGAACUUCAGGCCAUGGAAACUCAGGGUCGGGAUGAUCGACUUUCCGGGUGGCGGCAGCAGUUCAAUUCUGAUGUGAAAUUUGCUGGAAAAUGGUUGAAGUGUUCUGGGUCCACCAUGGGGAUUCAGAUCAAGGAUGGCGAUGGUACCAGCCGAAGCCCUCAAGAAGAGCUUGUUAGUGUGGCUGCAUCCAUGCGGGGAUCAGGUGGGGGAGACGCUUGGGUCGGCUCCGAACUCAGUUGUCUGCCGCCGGAAGCUUGGCAGAUGUACAGGAUCCUGGUUGAAAGGUGGCUGGCCGCUGGCAGAGUUCCUGAAGCCGUCAAAGCGGCCAGAACGGUUUUCUUGCCUAAGGAACACAAGGUCAUUGAGGGUGUGCUGCAAGCGGGCGAUGCCCGCCCUAUCACGGUGUUAUCAUCUUGGUGGAGGGUAUUGAUAGGAACUUGGUUGAAGACUUCUCAAGCUCAUCAAUGGAUUUCCCAGAUUCUUCAUCCGGUUGUGGUUUAUGGCAAGCAAAGUGACAGUCAGGUUGCGGCCGGGCAGUUGCUCGAAGCGUACACCCAAGCUGGUUUCCUUUGUUCAUUGGAUUACACCAAAUGUUUUGAUUGCCUGCGGCCUUCAUCUAGUGUUGCCAUGUUCAUCAAAACUGGUUUGGAUUCCCGAUUUUGUACCAUCAUCAAAGAUCUUUGGGAUUCUCAUGUUCGAUGGCCUUCUUGGGGGGGCACUGUGCAUCACGAAGUUUUGGCCACUCACGGCCUUCCGAUUCCUCAAGGGGAAUGCCUGGGACCGAUCACCUGCUGCCUCUGGCUGUCUGCUGGCCAGAGAUACGUGGAAGCUCAAAUGGGGGCUGCUCUGACAAGUUCCAUUUACAUGGACGACCGAUCCUUCGUGGCUCGGUCUGCUGAGGAGUUGGUGCAAGCUCAGCGCUGCUGGGCGGACUGGAGUGGUAGGGUAGGGUUGCUUGAGUCUGCUUCUAAGACCCAAAUGACAGCUCGUUCUCAGGCUCAGAAGCGAUCGUUGCAGACUUUGAUUCCUGCCGAAUGGUUUCGCUCAGAUAUCACGAUGCUGGGGGUUGUCACUAAGGGGGCCCCUAGGUGUAAUGCCCAGCAAGAAAGGGAUAGGCUGACUAAGGCUAAGCUCCGUCUGACUUCUUUGUCCACGCUUCGUCUUGGCUCUGGGCUCUUUGCCGUCUACGCUCGGGUUUUUUCCCUCAGUCUCUGUUCUUACGGGUGGCUGUCUCGUCUUCCUCGGAAAAUGGAUUGCGAUGCUCUCUGGACCGCCGUCAAGAAAGGUCAGAAGGUGUUGUACUCUGCGAACACUUGGUUGCGUGCCAUGGUCCAUGGGGGUCUGAACCAUCUGGACAUCAUCACGGCGUGCAACCUGUUCAGGGUCGUGUCGGUUUUGCGCUUUCGGGGUCAGGCGUUCUGGUCCAACGGGUCAGGUAGUCUCGUGGCUGAGUUGCGCAAGUGGUUCAAGGCCAGGAGGUUCUCGGAGGUGCGUCCUUGGGAGUGGAGUCAUGUGGAUGAUCCGUCCAUCCAGGUGUCUGCUUUGAACUCUGACAAGGUUCAUCUCAAGCGCAUGAGUCAUCUCAUCCGGGAAGGUUGGAGGUUCUACUGUUGGGACCAGUUUCUUCAAACGUCUCGUCAUGAGAUCUCUACGGUCAGUCAUGUCCAGGCGUCUGAUCUUAGGCAGGUCAAGUGGUCUGCGGUCAGGGCUUUGUCUGAGUCUUGCGCGGCGUGUCGCACGGUUGCGGUCGGGGGCACGGUGAGUCCGGCGUGGUUCCAUGCUCGGGAUGGGGAGCCCUUCUCCUCUUCUUGUCCUUGGUGUCCCGCCUUGGGGUCCUGGUUUCAUGUGUGCUGGGAAUGCGAGUUCAGUCCUCUUCUGGCGUCUCGUCCUCCCACUCCGUCUUUGGGUAUCACUCGUCGUUUCGGUUGGAGUCCUAACCCUGGUCCUGUGCUGAAGUACCUCGCUGAGGUUCAGAAAGCGAUCUGGGAUCACCGGUAUGGCCGGUCAUAA